AUGUCCAAUCACGAUUUCCUUGAGACAUUUGUCAAAAGAAUUUUCGUCAUCCUUCUAUCCUUAUUCGUGUUGACUAGUAUUGUUGGUGAAGCUUCACCGUUACGUUCACUUCAUCGUCGACAAAAGGACCAGAUUCCAGUUCCUGACGCCGACAUUCGAGAAUUUAAGCUAUGGGUAAAAUACGCUAGUGCCGCGUAUUGUGAUGUGACCGAUUGGAAAUGUGGUAAAGCGUGUUCAGGAGAAACGGCCGAGACACGUCUAAUAAAAUUUUUCACGAAAACUGGGCCAAGGGACAAUAAUGGUUACGUGGCAAUUAAUGAUAAAGAAAAGGCCAUUAUAGUAAGUUAUCGAGGCACCGCAAACGUACAAGGGUUCAUAAAUGACAUACAAUUUAAUCAAAUCUCAUUUGAUAAUCCCAAAUUUAAAAAUGCAAAAGUACAUUUUGGUUUUUUGGCCACUUAUAAUGACACAAGGAAAGAGAUUACCAAAUUAAUAAAAGAUUUGGUUAAAGAGAAUCCUGAUUAUAAAGUCAUUAGCACCGGACAUUCCUUAGGUGGUUCAUUAGCCGUGUUUCAAACCUUGGAUUUAAUCGGAACCCCCGGUUUGAAUCCUUCUAACCUUUUAACUUAUACUUAUGGUGAACCACGUACGGGUAAUAAAGAUUUUGCUGACUUUGUGAAGAACACUGGUUAUAAAUUCUUUAGAGUUGUAAAUGAGAAUGAUAUCAUACCUCACUUACCUCCUCAAGAUUUUAAAUACGAUCAUUAUGGUCCUGAAUUUUGGGUUGAUCCGUAA